AUGCGCAGGUGGCGCAGCCUAAAGCCUAGCCUGUUAUCUGGCGCUGUUCUUGGUCUCGUCCUCAUCCACGUUGUUCGUUCGAUUCUCACGGCUCCCUUGAUUUUCCCAAAAACCUCUGCCACAAAUCCCCUAGCACCCGUGGUGAUUGCUCUUAUCACCUCAACUGAUCCUGCCAAGACCGCUCUCUGUGAGGAAACCUGGUUGAAACGGGUGCAUAGCCACAUCGUUUUCACUUCCCGAAGGAACAGCCGUACAGACCAAAUCUUUCUCCCACAUAGACACGGGUCUUUGUGGUCUUCGUUUAGUUCCAAAGCAUUGUUCGCCGAUCGUUACCUUCCACACCAUUACUCUUGGUACAUAAUGACGUCAGACGAUACCUACGUACUAGUUGACGAUUUAAUGCAGGAUCUCUCAGCAUUCGAUCCCGAUGAGCCGUAUAUGGCCGUCAUUGGGCCGACAAGCAUGCAUGAGGAAAACUUGCCAAAGUUGCAUGCCGUAAUUAUAGUCUCCAGAGGAGCGAUGAACUCAUUUUGGGAUGAUAUCCAGAAAGGCUAUGAAGGAUGUGCUGUAACCAGUGAACCGAGCAGUUGUUUAAACGAUAUUGUACAUCUGAACCUGAGAGAGGAUGCACACAAACGCUUACGGUAA